AUGGAGGAGAGGAGAGGAGAGGAGAAGUGGGUUAUGGAUAAUCCAAUAGGUACACUGGAUAAAGGAAUAGGUCUAGAUGAUGAGAAUAAACCUAAGAUCGACAUGUUGUUUAAUUCUGAGAAUGAGGCAUUUGAUUUCUAUAAUAGUUACGGAGGAAGAUUGGGUUUUAGUGUCAGGAAAGAAUAUGCAAAUAAGAGCAAAAAAGAUAAGUCAACGAUAACUUCGAGGAGAUUCGCAUGUAAUAAAAAAGGUAGGCGGCAAAAAGAUAAGCGUGCUAUUGGUAUUAAAAAUCCUCAAGCGGAGACGAGAUCCGAUUGUCCUGCUCGCAUGGGAAUCAUGAUUUUGGAAAAUGGGAUAUACCAAUGCCAUGAUUUUGUUGAAAAUCAUAAUCACGAGCUUCAUCUACUAUCUACCACUCACAUGCUACGAUCACAACGGAAAGUUUCAGACAUACAGGCCUUUGAAAUUGACUUGGCUGAUGUUUCUGGAAUUAGAGCUAAUCAUUGCAAUUAUCUCCGAAGUAAACGUCAGCGUGACUUAUGUUAUGGUGAAGCGGAAAGUUUGUUAUGUUAUUUUGGAAAACAAACCAGGCUCAAUCCCUCUUUUACCUACGGGUUGCAGUUGGAUAUAGAUGAGAAGAUAACAAAUAUCUUUUGGGCCGAUGCGAGAAUGUUAAUAGAUUAUGCACUAUUUGGUGAUGUUGUUACCUUUGAUACUACAUUUUGUACAAACAAGGAGAAUAGGCCUUUUGGUACUUUUUUUGGAUUUAACCAUCAUAGAGGAGUCGUUGUAUUUGGGGCAGUACUUUUAUAUGAUGAGACUGCUGAAUCGUUUAAAUGGUUGUUUGAGGCGUUCUUGGAAAGUCAUGGGCAAAAGAAGCCUAUAACAUUUUUUACAGAUCAAAAUGCUACAAUGGCAAAGGCAAUUUCAGAGGUGUUUCCUGGAACAUGGCAUGGUUUGUGUGCUUGGCAUUUAAUGCAAAAUGGGAUUGAACAUCUAGGUAACUUAAUGAAGGACGGAUCAAGCUUUCUAUUAGAUCUGAAAAAGUGUAUAUAUCAUUAUGAGGAGGAAGUACAAUUUGAGACUGCAUGGAAACAAUUAAGGAUUGAGUAUCAUGUUGAAAAUAGUUCAUGGUUAGAUCAUAUUUAUGGACAUAAACAAAAGUGGGCCAGAUGUUAUAUGAAGAAUACAUUUACAGGAGGUAUGCGAAGUACACAGCUAAGUGAAAGUAUAAAUGUUGACUUGAAGGAUUAUACAAAGUCUACUUUAGACAUUGUACAAUUUUUUCAGCAUUUUGAAAGGGUAGUCAAUGAUAAGCGUGCUAAUGAAUUGAAUGCUGAAUUUGAGGCACGAAAUAAGUUCCCAAGAAACUUGUUCCCCCACACACCCAUUAUGAAACAGGCAAGAGAAGUAUAUACUCCUUCAAUCUUCGGCUUUUUUCACGAUGAGUAUACAUUGGCUAGUUAUUGCUACAUAAAGUGGAGGAAUGAAAGUAAUAGUUUGCAUGAGUAUGGUGUUGGUAUUCUUGAUUUAGAGGUGGAAUUUAAAGUUGAGUGUAAUCCAUCCGAGUCUAUGGUUAAAUGUAGUUGUAGGAAAUUUGAGACAUUUGGCAUUUUAUGUCAUCAUGUUUUGAAAAUUUUAAACUUUUUAGAUAUCAAGUUUAUUCCUGAAGCAUAUGUUUUGAGUAGAUGGACACGUGCAGCAAGAAGCAUGGCAGUGGAAGAUAGCAAGGGAAUACAAGUUGAGGAAGAUGUUAUUUUGGAUUCUACACAGCGUUAUAGAAUUCUUUGUCGUAAACUAUUACACAUUGCAUCACAGGCAUCCAAUACAGUAGAGGGAUAUGCAUUGGUGAACAAUGUUGCUAGUGAUUUGUGUAAACAAUUAGACAAUUUUGUCAAUCAUGCCCCAGAUCCAAAUCAAGAUGAGUCAACUAAGGUGAAUGUUGAUCUAUUUGCCUCCCAACCUGCCUUUCCUUCUGCACUUGCUGCUUCAAUGGUGGACUUAUUUGUUGCUCCAAAUCUAGUCUUGGAGGCUGAAAGCGAAUCUUCAAAUCUUGAGAAUUAA